AUGCGCCUCCAAUCACUACUCUCCCAGGCCCUUCUGGUUUUAUCGACCCUAUCCUCAAGCGCAGCAGCUGCAGCUUCGUGGACUUUCACAGAUGGCUCCGUCAAUGUUGCGGCUAAAGGCGCCGGUGUUGGAGUCGGGUUGAAAGAGAAACUCGUCCCAUUCACACCUCUAAGUGCACCCGUCAAAUUCGGCGCCGGCGAUACCCUGAAAGUCGUCCUGACGACGCAAGAAGGCAAAUCGGCCAAACGACCACAUCAAGCGUUCUUGCUCCUCCAAGACACGACGUCCAAAUUGGACGUCUCUUAUCCUUUCAGCGUUAAAGAGUCAGGCAAGGCGAAAGUCGAGUUGACACACAAAGACCUACCGAUCCAAUUCCUCCGCACCACCUCAUCCAUCGACGCAAGCAUCGUCAUCGCCUCCUUCGGCUCGUCCGUAGGGUACAACUCUGCCGCAUUCAUGCUGACCGUCGAGCUGGACCCGAACGUGCCUGUACCCGUGGUCGAGAAACCGCUACGUUAUGGCAAAUUGCCCGAAAUUCACCAUAUCUUCCGCCCGGACCCAACGAGUCCUAAUGUCGUCAUCAGCAUGGUUAUUUUGGGUAUUGUGCUCGCGAGCCUGCCAUCUUUGUUGGGUGCUUGGAUGUACCUAGGCGGCAACAUCAACCAUCUGUCCAAAGCACUGACCAACGCCCCAAUCUCACAUGGCCUCUUCGUCGGAUCCAUCAUCGGUAUCGAAGGCGUCUUCUUUCUCUACUACACCAGCUGGAACUUGUUUCAGACUUUGCCCGUGUUAUUCGCGUUUGGGCUCGUGGCUUUUCUGUCAGGAAGCAGGGCGCUCACCGAGGUUCACGAACGUCGACUUGCGGGGUUACGGUGA